AUCUGAAUAAUUACAUUACUCUCUUUUCACUAUUCCCUUUCGGUUUACGUCAUCGGUCGUGACAUCGUGACGUGAAAAUUUCCACGCAAAUAUUCCAUUGACCCCCAGCCAUAAGACAUAUUUAUUUCAACAAAAGUUUGCCAAAGAAUAAGUGCCGUGGCAACGAGCAGUACUUGACAAAAAGCUUUCUUUUACCUGUUCCCUGGGUCCGAAAGUGCAAUCGGGCCGAACGGCAGGAACCGAACGGACGUAGUUCAUACAAGUACGGUGCUUGGAAGAGAAAAACGGAUCGUCUGCGGGUAUGGAGAUAGGCGCGCAAGACGGAUGCGUGUGACGAGGAGCCAAUUUCACGCCGUUUUCGCUACAGCAGUCCACGGAUUUGUUCGUUUUCACUAAACACACAAACGCCAAUAUGUAUUACGAGUUGUGGCCGGGACAUGGCGGAACGGGGUAAAUUGGAUUUUUUGAAUAAUCUCGAGGGCACGGUGACCAAAACCGGCGGUAUGGUGACGUUUGUCGCCGAAGAUCUGGAGACCAAACUCAAGCAAACGAGUCCCACCACGCCAGUCAAACCUUCGGGGAAGUACACUUUGGACUUGAAGUUGCUGGACGACAUCGAGUACGAAGCAAAGAAUAUAGCCGCUUCCGUGGAUACUUUGUCGGAGACACUUUCAGGAGUUUUGCACAGCAUGUCCGCCCUGACCGUGGAAUGUUUGGAAAUAUACAGAGACGUGGUGUGCAAGACUUGCGACUCGAUUGAUACCAACAUAAAGUCGAUGUACCAGUUGAUGGCCAAGUGCGAGGAGUUGUCUAGAGAAAUGGAGUCCGUCCACAAAUUGGCCCAACAAGUCAAGAACAUAAAACACGUUUUGGAUUUGUUCGAAAACGCCUUAAACUGAUAUAUUUUAAUACCUACCCAAUUCGAUUACCAUUAACUAAUAAUACCUAUUAAUUAUUAAGGUAUAUUAUUGCCUUUAGUCAAAGUUGCCAUAAAAAUAUUACUAUAAGCAUGUAAAAAAAAAUUAAUAAACUUUCUUAAAAUUUUUUAGUUUAUAUGUUAUUAAGCUCAGAAUCAUAUUUCCAAAUUAGACAAGAUAUGAUGGCACGUGCCUAUGGCCCCCAAUUAAAGAGUACUCACUUCUAUUACAUACUCGUUUUAUCAAUUAUAUUUUUAUUUUUAUAAAAUAUUUAAAAAAAAUGUUUUCACAGUGCAAAAUCAGUUUAAAAGUUAAAACUAGGAAAUAAGAAGUUCUAUCCCUAAUAAUAUUACUAGUUGUGUGAAACAUAUUGUUUGUAAUUAUAUUACACGAAUUAUUGGGUGUCUUAUUCUAUUAUGCACAUUGCAUUAACACAUUGACACCAUGUGGAGGUAAUACAAUUUAUUAUAUAAAAUGGAAAUCUUGUAGUUGGCUAACAAUAAGCUUUAGAAUAAUGGAGCAAAAAAACCUAAUUAUACGAUGUCGAUUACGACAAUAUAAUAUACUUGUACAAUAAAAAGUUUGCGUCAUAAAAACCACCAUUUUAGAUUGCAUUUAGAGAAACCCCACCUUUAUACGGCUAAGCACUUACUGAGAUUCUUCUAGGCUUAUCUUUAUUCAACGGCUCUCCCGAUAAUGUGACACAAUUGCAAACGUCAGUCUGAUGAUAAAACGUAAAGUACUCACUUCUGCCCAAUAUCUGUUGAAAUUCGUCGGGAAAUUAGACAAUUAACAACAAUAUUAUAACUAUUAUUAUUAAUCACCUCUAAAUAUUGACCGAUGUACAUAAGCUGGUACUGUUUCUCGCAUUCCACCACAUUUUGAAAACAACUUUUCUCCAUGACAAUAGACUUGAUCGGGUGGUUCAUUUCAUCGCAACUGAUAUUGACAUUUUUAAAAGCGACCUGUUCGUCUACACCCGACCAACCUUUUGGUAUCAAAGCGAUCCAGUCCUUCGGUGAAAUGCUGACUUGAGCCUAUACCGAUACGGCCGUUUUAUAAUACAUUUGCAUUGAAACAAAACAAACCAAUUUACAAUCUAUUAUGUUACGUUAAAAUAUUUACUUCUUGUUCAAAGUUGUAGUCAACGACUAAAUCUUCUUCUACGAAGUAGCUUUGACGGAC